AUGCUGCCUGCUCGCCGGCCCCGGGCGGAAAGAGCGUCGCCCGCCGCCGCCCCACAAUCCUCUGCGCCCGCGCCUGCGCACUCACGUCAGCGGGGGACCCCCUCGCGGCGACUUCCGGCGGGCAGGGGGAACUGCUUCCGGGUCAACGCCGGGCGCCGGAGCUCAUUGGCUCCCGCCCCGCGCAAAGCCCUGCCCUUUGCAUCGGGGCCGCCCAUUGGCCCGCUUCGGUUAGCCCCGCCCACCGCCCCCCGGGGACACGCCCACUGGUCUGCUUCGCCCCGCCCACCGGUCACGUGGCCACGCCGUUUCCCCCUCCCGGCCCGGAAGCCCGCGCUCUUUGGCAUCCGCCCAGCGCUCAGCCCCGCCCCCUCCCGGGACACGCCCACUGAUCCCUUUCCGCUAGCCCCGCCCAUCUUGAGCGUGGCCACGCCCCCUUCCCCGUCCCACGCGCCGGGGCUCAUUGGCUCCCGCCCCUUUCCCGCAGAGCUCCCGCCCCUUUCCCGCGGACUCUCCCAUUGGCCCGCUUCGGUUGGCACUGCCCAUCUGGUCGUGGCCACGCCCAUUCCCCCGGCCCCGGCGAGGGCGCUCAUUGUCUCCCGCCCCUUUCCCGCGGGCUCUGCCAUUGGCCAGCUUCGCCCCGCCCAUCUGGCCGUGGCCACGCCCCCUUUCCCCUCCCGGCGCAGGCGCUCAUUGGCUCCCUCCCCGCGAGGGGCCCCGCCCCUUUCCCGCGGACUCUGCCAUUGGCCCGCUUCGGUUGGCCCCGCCUAUCUGGCCGUGGCCACGCCCCUUUCCCCCCCUUCUCCCGGGCCCGGCGCCGGCGCUCAUUGGCUCCCGCCUCCGUCCCGAGGACUCGCCCAUUGGCCCGCUUCGGCGCAGUCGCUCAUUGGCCCCCGCCCCGCGCGGGGCCCCGCCCCUUUCCCGCGGACUCUACCAUUGGCCCGCUUCGGACUCGCCCAUUGGCCCGCUUCGGUUAGCCCCGCCCAUCUGGCCGUGGCCACGCCCCUUUCCCCCGGCGCAGGCGCUCAAUCGCUCCCGCCCCUCGCAGGGCCACGCCCCUUACCCGCGGACUCGCCCAUUGGCCCGCUUCGGCGCAGGCGCUCAUUGGCCCCCGCCCCGCGCGGGGCCCCGCCCCUUUCCCGCGGACUCUGCCAUUGGCCCGCUUCGGUUGGCCCCGCCUAUCUGGCCGUGGCCACGCCCCUCCCCCUUCUCCCGGCCCCGGCCGCGGCGCUCAUUGGCUCCCGCCCCUUUCCCGAGGACUCGCCCAUUGGCCCGCUUCGCCCCGCUCGUCUCGUCGUGGCCACGCCCCUUUCCCCCCUCCCGGCCCAGGCGCUCAUUGGCCCCGCCCCGCGCGAGGCCACGGCCCUUUUCCGCGGGCUCUGCCAUUGGCCCGCUUCGGACUCGCCCAUUGGUCGGCUUCGUUUAGCCCCGCCCAUCCGGCAGUGGCCACGCCCCUUUCCCCUCCCGGCCCAGACGCCGGCACUCAUUGGCUCCCGCCCCUUUCCCGCGGACUCUCCCAUUGGCCCGCUCCGCUUAGCCCCGCCCCUUCCCCCCCUCCCGGCCCCGACGCCGGCGCUCAUUGGCUCCCUCCCGGCGCGGGGCCCCGCCCAUCGGGCCGCUUCGGUUAGCACCGCCCCCUCGCGGUCCCCGGCGGCGGGGGCGCCGGGGGCGUCGCAGCAGUAG